UGCUUCGAAAGUGGACGAAAAGUGCUUUGGGAGUCGAACAAUGGAACUACAAGGCCUGCAAGAGGCGUUGAAAGUGGAGAUUUCGUGUCAUCAGGAUGGCGAGGUUAUGAAACAACUACACGAAAGGCAAUCAUCAGUAACAACCCUAAGCGAAAAACAAAAGCUGGCUGUCAGGGGCUGCCCCGUGGGGAGCACCAAGCCCCUCUCCCUCGUCAAGCCCAGCCAGAGCAUAGCCAUCUCCGUGACGCCGGCGAAGGCUGCCGUCUCCAUGGUGACCGCGCACAUGAACGGACAAAAGGCUCCGGGGCCCGAGCCGCUGCAGACGGCUCCCGGCAACCUGCAGACGGCGGGAAAAGUAGCGGGGAGCGGUCUCUCUCUGAGCAGGAGGGCCGGAGAGCCGCCCCACUCUCAGAUGCUGGGGAAUCUUUCGGCUGUUCCCAUCAGGGUGCCUCAGGUCAGCUCCCUGACCCGGCUGGCAGUGCAGGCUCCCACAGUGCCACCUCAGGUUAGGCCAAAGACCCUGAUCCCAGACAGCCUCCCCCACAGCCCCAGCCAGGAGCAGCAGGCCAGCAGGCCCCCGAGCCUGCAGAGGGCCACUGCCGUGGUGAGCCCCCGAACCCAGAGCCUCGCUCCGCCCUCCUCCAACAGCACCGCCUCCCUGCCCACGCAGCUUCCCAAUGGGCGCGCCGAUCCCUUGCCCCUGCCGCCCACCAGCGCCCCCGCCUCCGUCAGCGGGGCGGGCGUGGCCUACGCCAUCAUUUCCGCCUCGCCCGCCGGCCCCGUGUCCGUGUCGGCCGUCAGCGAGGCCGUGAAGGUGCAGCCGCUGCUGCUCAGUGCCGACAGCAAGGUGAUAAUAAUCCAGCCCCAGGUUCCGAGCAGCUCUCAGAAUUCACCUGAGCCGCAGCCCAGCUCCCCCGCCCAGGAGACCACCCCCGCCCCGUCACCUCCCACCAAAAAGAAGAAGGACGAGGACUCCGAGAAAAUCGCUUUCAUGGUUGCCCUCGGCCUCGUGACCACAGAACACCUGGAAGAGAUCCAGAGCAAGAGGCAGGAGAGGAAGAGACGAAGCACAGCCAACCCGGCCUACAGCGGCCUGUUCGAACCCGAGCGCAAGCGAAAUUACCUGAACAGUCCGCUCUUCAUGUCAGCUAGAGACACCGAGGAUCUGUGCUGGAAGGUAGGUAGUGAGCAUGACGAGCACUGCGUCGUGUGUAAGGAGGGCGGAGACCUGCAGCCCUGCUACAACUGCACCCGUGCCUACCACCUCGACUGCCUCCAGCCCCCUCUCAGCGCUCCGCCCAAAGGGACGUGGCUGUGCCCCAAGUGCCAAAAAAAGGUACUAAACAAAGACAAUAUGCCAUGGCCCCAGAAUUUUGUCCAGUCUUACGUAACACACAAAACAGUGAGGCUGGAGGAGAAGAGAAAGCUGAGGAAGAGGAACAGCGAGCUGAAGAAGGAGUACUCCUUGCUGGACGAACAGGACCAGACGCUGAGCCAGGCCCUCGUGAAAUGCAUGGAUCUGAAGAACAGCCUUCUGGGUCAGCAGAAGGAGACUCAGGCCUCCCUGGAGCGCCUGAGGAGCCUGAUUCGUCUCAUCCAGCGAGACCAGGUCAUCCAGGUCACCAUGACGGCCACCACCACGGGGGCCUCCCUGCUCUCCCUGCCCUGGAUCAAACCCACCAGCACAGUGCUCCCUGCUGGCAGCUCCGCGCUACUGCAGAAGAGCCUGCCCCAGACCCAGGGCAACAACUGAACCACGACCACAUUGCCAACCUCACCGACCCCCCGCACCACUACGAGCCAAGAGGCCACCUGCCAAAACACUGGCCACCUUCCGCGUAAUCACACAAAACAGACUUCUUUUUUUAAACUUGUGCAGUGCCGUUAAGAGGUAUUCAUGGACAGAGAGAAAGCUGUUCACCCAAUGAGGUUUUUGGAGGAAUCAUUGUGGCAAAGCGGUGUAUCCUAAAACAUGGUUUGGCGCGAGUAGUAUUUUUUAAACCCAACACCUUCAGUGCUUGAGAGAUUUUUUUAACUCAUUGUUUUUUUAAUUUUCUUAAUUAAUG